AUGUCUGACAGCGGUGCCCACAACCAGCCUCCAAGCUACUACCCUUCUUCCGAGAAGCAGCCCCUCCUCAACGAAGCCGCCGUUCAGCGGGAGUCCCCCAGCUCCGUCUCGAUUGUGGUGAAUCCGAUCGUCGAGCACACAGAGUGUCGCCACCGCAAAAGGGGAUGCCAAGCAGGAAAACUCCUGUGCUGGUUCAUUGCUCUGUGGAUUCUCUCCUCGCUCAUCUUCCCGCACCACGUCUGGAGCGGCCCCAGAUUCUUCACCGGCAACUACGAUUGGCCGAGCAGUGACAUCGACCCCUCCAAGGAGUUUGAAGAGCCAAUCCGAUUCGUUCCUGAAGCCAGGAUCCCAGUCUAUCCCGACAACGACCCGAUCGUCGCCGAUGGCACUCGCCUGGACACCAUCGCUCUCGUUGUUGAGGGCUAUGCGAUCUCCACCGUUUCCCUCCGUGUGAACGAGGAUCCUUCUGAAACCAACGCCAUCAUCGAGUCGCAUUACCACGUCUCCCACGAGCGGUGCCUGGAUGACAUCAGCCGCGAAGUCGUCAACAGCGAGACGACCCUGUCCCUGACCAUCAAGACCCCAAACCACCGCCGGUCUCCGCAUGGUCGGGAUCACUGCGUCAUCUAUGUCGCUGCUCGCAUUACUCUGCCUCAAGGCACCAAGGAGUCGCUCGCCCUCAGUGUCCAGAGCACCGGCCCCAUCGACGGCUUCCACAACCAGCGCCUCCGCCUCGGAGAUCUGAAACUUGCCAGCGUCAAUGGAAACAUCAAUCUGGCCGUGAGUACCGUCUGCGAUCGCGCUUAUGAACACAACGCUCGCCGGCCGACUCACGAUCUCUCCUUUGUGGCCAUCCAGGAAUCAGAUAUCAUAGCCACCACCAGUUCCAUCCACAACGUUAACGGGGAGGUUUCUAUUAACCAACUGUCAUCCUCGACUGCAUCAUUCAAGCUCGUCAACGGAAACCUCUUUGUGGAGCUUGUCGAUGCCGACAGGAUUGACGCCGCUAACGUCAACGGAAAUGUCUUUGGAAACUUUUGGGCCGGAUCGAGCUGGUCUGCCGUGACUGUCAACGGAAACAUCAAAUCAAACAUCUAUGUUGCCGAUGGAAACGACAAUCUUGCCCUCAAGGCCACCAACACCAAUGGCGGCAUUGUCCUUGAUGUUCGCGGCCAGGCUUACCAAGGCACUUUCGAUCUCAAGACCUCCGUUGGCGGCAUUCAUGUCUCUGGCGAGGUUACCAUUGACAGCCGCAAGCGCCGUAUCCCCGGCGAGUCGAUCGAGGGUCACGUCCGCUCCGGCACCAGCAGCCAGAUUCUGGCGGCCAGCUCCCACUCCGGAUCCAUCCGAAUCAACUUCUCCGACUAA